AUCAUAAUGGUGUUGUUUGCCAUUUCCCAGUUGGUGAGCUACGAGGGUAAACUGGAGAUUUAUUUGAAAGAUUUGUUGGACUUGACCGUCCGUGUGGCCAUGAUGGAUACCACUGCUGCCGACUACAUCAAACUGGACUUUGAGCUGCUCAGGAUUGAGCUCAGAGAAUUUGAGGCUCUGGUGACUCAGCUCAAAGACUCUCUCAACUCAUCCUCACCCAUGUUUGACAGUUUGUAUACUGAGAUUCAAAACAUGACGCUCAUCGUGAACCAACUGGAGACCUACGACAAGAAGAACCUUGAAGUGAUCCGCAUUGAGUUUGCUAAGCUGCAGAAGAAGCUGGAGGACUGCCAGAAUGACCAGGGAAACAUCAAGCCAGAUAUUGGCAACUGCAAUCACACUGGAAUCCUGAGCAUCAGCAAACCAAUGGUGGCCCAACUCAAUGCUCACCUGAGUUCAGGUUAUGUUUUUGGGGGCUGGGGAAAGGACUCCAAACCUCUAAGAGGUUAUGAGUCCAUGUACUUCUAC